CUCCAAAGCACUAUAUAAGGUGGGGUUCCUCUGUGUGUGUGCAUCGAAGUUCCAUCUGCUUUUUGUUGUUCGGUUUUUGGUCGCGGAGAGCCAGUGCCUGAGAGUUUUGCUAGAGCCCACAGUCGUGGUUGCUGUCGCCGGGCUGGUCAUCGUUUCUUGUGAAGCCAAAUGUCGUAGCCUUCCGUAACCGGUGCAGAGCGAAUCUGUCUUCAGGACAGCGCCUCCACGUGCUUUGACUGCUGCCGUCUCCCGCCGUCAUUCCCAGAUCUGUUACUCCUGCGUGUUCCUGCAAGCUAAAGUCAGUCUGCUUAGCAAUGGAUGCAUCUGCAACCAGCUCUCCAGAGGAAAUGCCAGUUGGUUUAGAAGAGGCUACUGAAGCAGAAUGCACUUAUCAGUCCAAAUUGCUUCAAGAAUUUAUAAAUAUCUGCACAAUUGACAAGGCAUGGACUUUUAAGUCUAAUGAUGAUGGGAAAGGUUCCCAAGCUAUGUUUUCAAUUAGCCAACCAAAUCUUUUGGCCAACAAGAAGAGGAAACAUAUUUUAUCGAGUCGUAUUCUGAAAGAAAGUAAUGGUUCAGUAAGCUUUCAAUGGGCGCCAUUUCCUAUUGAAAUGAUGGGAGUAUCCACAAUGGUUCCAUCACCAUCAGGCUCAAAGCUUCUUGUAGUUCGAAAUUCUGAAAAUGAAUCUCCAACUCAAUUUGAAAUUUGGAGUGCAUCUCAAGUGGAAAAAGAGUUUCAUAUUCCUCAUUCCAUUCAUGGUUCUGUUUACUCAGAUGGAUGGUUUGAAGGAAUUUCAUGGAAUUCUGAUGAAACUCUAAUUGCUUAUGUUGCUGAUGAGCCGGCUCCCUCCAAGCCAACAUUUAAUGCUUUUGGCUAUCAGAAGGGAAGUUCCACAGAUAAGGAUUGUGGUAACUGGAAAGGCCAAGGUGAUUGGGAGGAGGACUGGGGGGAGACCUAUGCUGGGAAAAGGCAGCCUGCACUCUUUGUCAUCAAUAUUAACAGUGGGGAGGUACGUGGUGUUGAGGGAAUUGGAAAAUCAUUGAGUGUUGGACAGGUUUUAUGGGCUCCAUCAACCAAAGGUUUGCAUCAGUAUUUGGUAUUUGUUGGCUGGUCAUCAAAUGGUAGGAAGCUAGGUAUUAAGUACUGCUACAAUAGGCCCUGUGCCUUAUAUGCUGUCAGGGCUCCCUUUCAUACAUCUGAAGCAAAUGAACUUCAUCCCAAAGGUAAAGUGAGUGAAGAUGUGCAAGUGUUUAAUCUUACCCAGAGCAUAAGCAGUGCUUUCUUUCCAAGUUUCAGCCCAGAUGGGAAGUAUCUUGUGUUUUUAUCUGCAAGAAGUUCUGUAGAUUCUGGGGCACAUUGUGCAACUGAUUCACUUUAUAGAAUUGACUGGACAAGUAAUGGAGAGCUGGAUCCAUCACCCAAAGUUGUUAAUGUGGUUCCUGUUGUGAUGUGCCCUGAGGAUGGUUGCUUCCCAGGACUGUACUGUUCAAGUUUUCUUAGUAAACCAUGGCUUUCUGAUGGACAUACGAUGAUUUUAUCUUCCAUCUGGGGUAGCACAUUGGCAAUUCUCUCUGUCAAUGUGUUGAGUGGGAAUGUAGUAAGAAUUAGCCCUUGUGACUCCGCUUUUUCGUGGAAUGUCCUUACACUAGAUGGGGACAAUAUUAUUGCUGUAUGUAGCAGUCCAGUGGAUGUUCCACAAAUCAAGUAUGGUUAUCCUAUUGAGGAUUCAUCUGCAAUUUCAGCAUGGAGUUGGAUAGAUAUUUCAAGCCCCAUAUCAAGUUGCUCUGACAAGGUUAGGACUUUGCUGUCAUCUCUACAGUUUAGUGUGAUGAAGAUUCCAGUCAGGGGCAUAUGUGAUAACCUCUCAAAAGGUGCCAGCAAACCCUUUGAAGCUAUAUUUGUGUCCUCAAGGUCCAAGAAGAGUGAUGCACAUGAUCCACUAAUUGUAAUCCUUCAUGGCGGCCCCCAUUCUGUCUCAGUGUCAAGCUUUUCAAAGUCCUUGGCAUUCCUCUCUUCAAUUGGUUUUAGCUUGCUGAUUGUAAAUUAUAGAGGUUCAUUGGGAUUCGGUGAGGAAGCAUUACAAUCUCUCCCUGGGAAAGUUGGGUCUCAGGAUGUCAAUGAUGUACUUACUGCAAUUGAUUAUGUGAUUGACAUGGGGCUAGCCGACCCUUCCAAGAUAACAGUCCUUGGUGGUUCUCAUGGUGGCUUUCUGACAACCCACUUGAUUGGUCAGGCUCCAGAUAAAUUUGUUGCAGCUGCUGCAAGGAAUCCUGUUUGUAACCUUGCCCUGAUGGUUGGUACAAGUGAUAUCCCUGAUUGGUGCUAUGUGGAGAGCUAUGGAAGUGCGUGGAAAUCUAUGUUUACUGGAGCACCUUCAGCUGAAGACCUAGCCCUUUUUCACAGCAAGUCUCCUAUUUCACACUUGUCAAAGGUCAAAGCACCUACACUUUUUCUUUUAGGUGCUCAGGAUCUUCGUGUUCCAGUUUCCACUGGAUUCCAAUAUGCACGGGCACUAAAGGAGAAAGGAGUUGAUGUCAAAGUGAUUGUCUUCCCCAACGAUGUCCAUGGAAUCGAUAAGCCUCAGUCUGACUUUGAGAGCUUCCUCAAUAUCGGAGUGUGGUUCAAGAAGUACUGCAAAUGAGCCGGCAUUUCAACAUGGCAAUGGUACGUCUUCAAGAAAAGUUCCUCUUUUUAGCGCUUCACUGUAAACACUGCUUCACCUGAACAAUCCUUCUUUAGCCUUUGUCAUAAAAUUUUAUAAGAGGAUAUUAACGGAGUCAAGACUAGAAAGGUACCAAUUAAUAACUAGGUGAAUAUCUGAUUGUUAUCAAGAAAAGUGUGGAAAUUUUGAUUUCCUGAUAAUGCAAUAAUAAUGUUUUUAUACAA